AUGGACGACAGCAAGAGGGAGUCGCUGCCUGCGGGGAUGGCGGCAGGAACCUUGAGAGAAUCGGAGGAGGCGCCUCCGUGCGAGACCCCUCGACGCCUCGCCACGCUGAUACGCGCCGCAAUCCUUGUCUCUGCAAUGUACCGUGGGCGGCGUGGCCGCGAGAAGCACGGUGUGGUGGACUACGACCCGUACGACGGGUUCUCCACCUCGAAGAUGCGACCGCCGCCGCGCUUCAGCCGCAGAACGAGCUCGACAGAGGACGCAGCAGAGGCGCCGCUCGUGCAGGUCGCCGGCCACGGUAUGCUCGAGCGCGAGCGGCCGGGCGUGGUGCGAAAGCUGGCGGUCGCCCGCGAGCUUGCGGCCUACCGCACGGCCCCGCCGGAUCUCGCGGAUCACCUCCCCUCAUUUCACGGCGCGGACGAGGUCGGUGACGCGUCGGACGGCGGCGGCGGCGGCCGGUGCGGGGGCGGCGGCCUGGGGUCGGCGAGCAAGAGCGGGCUGGAGAUGGCGAGCAUCUUCAUCGAGGACCUUACCGCGGGGCUGCGCCGGCCGUGCGUGAUGGACGUCAAGAUGGGCACGCGCACGUUUCUGGAGGAGGAGGCGGCGGCGACAAAGCUGCGGGUCGACCUGGCCACGAAGCUGCACGAGAUCGACCCGGCGCUGCUGCUGCCCGGGGAGAGAGAGCGAGGCAUCACCAAGGGGCGGUACCUGCAGCAGCGCGACUCCCAGUCCUCCUCCGCCACCCUCGGGCUGCGCAUCGAGGGCAUCUCCCGGCCAGACGGCGCAACCUUUGAGAGCCGCGGCGGCUUCAAGCGGCUGCGCUCCGAGGAGGACAUCUCGCGCGCGCUCGCCUUCUUCGUGGGCGGCAACGCGGCCGCGCACGACGCCUUUGCGGCGGCGCUCGCGCGGCUCCACGCGAGCCUCCGCGCCUCGAGCUGGUUUGCGGCGCGAGAGGUCGUCUCGUCGUCGCUGCUGUUUGUCUACGACGAGGCGGACCGCACGGGCGGCUCGGCGCGGGUGCGGAUGAUCGACUUUGCAAAAACCCAGCAUUUGCCCGAUGGCCCGACUCUGACGCACGACGCGCGGUGGGAGGCGGGCAACCACGAGGACGGCUACCUCGUCGGGCUCGGCACGCUGCGCACGCUGUGGGAAGCACUGCCCGUUGGUGGGUUUAGCGGUUAG